AUGGCUUCUUCAGGGUUCUCCCCGUCGCUGCUUAAAUCGAUGUCUUCUGUCGACGCUUCAAACGGAGCGAUGAAUGGCGAAGCCUGUGGGCGAGGCCCCUGCAUGCGAGGCGUGCUGGCACAGCCUUGCCGAGGACACCCGAAUGUCCUUCUCUUUGCAUCUUAUGCUGACGGGAACGAGUGCGCUUUGGUCUUCAUUGCUGGGCUUACCGACGGAAUGAUGUCGUGCCCAUGGAUACCUCAGCUCGCCCAGGCCAUCGACCGCGUUGGCUUCGCCACCAUCCAGGUCAACUUGUCCUCUUCCUUCGGAUCGUGUGGAAUGUCAUCUCUUCAACAGGACGCCCGGGAACUGGAAGUCGUCGUCCGCUACUUGCGGAAGGAAAUGCGAAUGAAAAAGGUUGUGCUGGCCGGCCAUUCGACAGGAGCGCAGGACAUUGUGAGCUACCUGCGUCACGUGAACGCCUCCCCCAGUCCGGAGACGAAGAUCGACGGCGCAGUUCUGAUUUCGGGCAUCAGCGACAGAGAGGCUUUUUCGCUGAUGAACGGCGUGGUGGGGAAGCACCUUGUGGAGGAGGCCCUGCGACUCGUGGAAAAGGGAGAACCCGACGGCGUCUUGGCAGAGCGCGUCAUGGGAUGCCACUUCACUGCCAAGAGGCUCCUGAGCUUGACGCAGCGCCUUGGCGACGACGACAUGUUCUCCACAGAUCUUACCGACGAGGAAUUAACGCACAUUCUCGCGCCCCUCGACGUCCCGUGCCUCUUCAUCUACGGGGAACAGGAUGAGUACGUUCCUGACAUGCAAAGGCUGCGAAAGUUCGCCGACCUCAUGAUCACAGUCGUGAAAAAGCGAGCUCCCCAGGCAGGUGUCGUUUUCCUACCAGGAAACCACGCGUUCGCGGCAGACAGUGACUCCAACGCAAUGAUUUCCGCGGUUUGCAAGUUCCUCGAGGGCUUUGCUGCCUAG